AUGAUAUGGAAAAAAGAAAAAUAUGGGGAAAGUUAUAUAAGAACAAAUAAAGGCGUAUAUAUAGGAGAUAUAGAAGAUAAAAAAAAACAUGGGUGGGGUAUAACGAUAAAUAAUAACGGAAAUAAAUAUGAAGGGUUGUUUGAAAAUGAUGAAAGGAAUAUAUUUGGAUCAGAAUUAUUAUGUUGUUUAUACAAACAUAACUACAAAAAUAAAAAAAUAAAAAGGGAAGAAAAAUUGGACGGAAAUGAGAUAGAAGAAAAUAGUGAAAAAGAAUUUGAAAAAGGUAAUAUCUGCUUAAAUUCAAAUAGAUAUAUAUAUAUAGGAAAUUUUAAAAAUGGCAAAAAACAUGGAAAUGGUGUUUUAAUAAAUUAUAAUAAUUAUGUUAUGUAUAGUUGUAUAUUUUUAAACAAUGUUAUUGUAUAUAAAGAUAUUUUAUUUUCCUUAAUUAAUAACUAUCAUUCAAAAUAUCAAAAAAAAAGUGAAACUAUCAACUUUUUUGAUAAAGAUACUUCAAGUCUUAACAUUGAAAAUAAAGGAAUUAAAAACAAGAUGAUAGACGAAAAAGAUACAUUUUUUUUCAUAAAAAAUAAAUAUAAAUAUACCAUUUUUAAUUAUAUAAAAUUUUAUGAACAUGUAAUGGAUAAAAUUAAAAAAUGUGAUUUACAUGAACUAUUUUUAAAAUAUGAAUCAGGAAAAGAGAAGUGUGAUUGGAAUGAAGAAAAGGAAAUUGAUUAUAUUAAUUUGAAAGAAAAUCAAAUAAAAUCUAUGAAUUGCUUUUCAAAUUAUUACAAAAACAUUGAUAUAAUAAAUGAAAACGAAAUAAAUAAUUCUAUCAAAACAAAUGACGAACCAUCAAAUAAACAAACUAUAUCUGAUUCUAUGUGCACAAAUAUUGAUGGUAAUUAUAACAAUACAAUGCUUAAUGAAGAUAAAAAUAUCAAACAAAAUGAAAAAGAAAAAAAGGACACAUACCUAUACAACGAAAUAAAUAAAAUGCUUCCCUCAUAUUUUAGAAAAAAAAAAAAACAUAAUUUUUUAUCAUUAUCUUAUGCCCAAAAUAGUAUAUAUUGGAAUGUUUUUGAAUUAAAUUUUUUUUUAUUUUUUGUUGGAAUUUCUAGAAAAAUAAUUGAAAUAUUUAUAAUAAAUGAAAUAGAUGGAUAUUGUUUAAAAUAUAUAGAAAAUAAAUUAUUAGAAAAUAUGGGUAUUUCUGAUAAAAUGAUUAAAAGAUGUAUUAUAUUAGCUGUUCAAUGUUUAUUAAAAUUAAGAGAAAAAUAUAAACAUAAAAAAAAAAUUAAAAUGUCAAAUAACAAAAUUGACAAAAAAUUAUUUUUAAAUAAAAAUAAAAUAUGGCUAUUAAAAUUAAUAGGGAGAGGUGGUUACAAUAAUGUGUAUAAAUGUCUGUAUAUAAAUAACAUCAAAAAAUGUAGAAAUUAUAAAAUGUCAAAUUAUAGAAACUUUAAUAUAAAUCAUUCAAUUAACAAUAUCGCAUUAAAAAUAUGUAUAGAUAAAAAAUAUAGUUAUGAUUUUUUUUCAGAAUUAAAAAUUUUAUCAAUUUUAAGGCAUCCUAAUGUUUCUCUGUUUUUAGGUGGAAUUAGAGAUCCACAAGCAAUAGCACUCGAAUAUAUUCCAUAUGGUAGUAUAUUUGAUAUAUUACAUAAAAAAAAAACAAAAAUAAAAAUUUUGGAUAUAAUUAAAAUGUGUAAAGAUAUAACAUCAUUUAUGUCAUUUCUUCACAACAAAGGAAUAUUACAUUGUGAUUUAAAGUCGCCAAAUAUUUUAUUAUCAGAAUCAGGAGAAAUUAAAAUAUGUGAUUUUGGUUUGUCAAUUCAAAAUUUUGAUAAUAAACCCAAAUACUUAGGAAUUGUAGGAACAUAUCAAUGGACUGCCCCAGAAAUAUUAAGAGGUGAAGGGUAUACAAAAAAAGCAGAUAUAUAUUCUUUUGGAGUUAUAUUAUGGGAACUUUUACAUCGAACAAUACCUUUUAAUGAUUUAAAACACCCACUAGACAUCAUAGCUCAAGUUGGGUAUUUAAAUAAACAGCUUAUCAUAAAUAAUAAUAUAAAUAACAAAUUACUAUAUGUAUUAACUAGCUGUUUACAUAAGGAUAAAAGGAAAAGGAAAUCUUUUUUUUUUUGGUCUGAAUAUUUUGACAUUCUAUACAAAGCUAACAUAUGUUGUGAAAACAAAAAAUUAUCUUUCCUUUUGAGCUAA